GCAGAGCUCAGUGCAGCCGCCCGCCUGUCACUGGGAGACAGUCCACUUAAAUGCAGCUCCAGAGCUGCGGACACCCACCAGCAUCAGUCCCCGUGUGAGGUGGCAAAUGCAACAUGCUCUCCAGCUUGGGGUGUCUACUUCUCUGUGGAAGUAUUGCACUAGCCCUGGGAAAUGCACAGAAAUUGCCAAAAGGUAAAAGGCCAAACCUGAAAGUCCACAUCAAUACUACAAGUGACUCUAUCCUCUUGAAGUUCCUGCGUCCAAAUCCUGAUGUAAAACUGGAAGGUUUUCUCCUGGGUUAUGGCAGCAAUUUAUCACCAAACCAGUACUUUCCUCUUCCCGCAGAAGGGAAAUACACCGAGGCUGUAGUCGAUGCGGAGCCGAAAUAUCUGAUCGUGGUGCGGCCUGCCCCUGUGCCAAGUCAAAAGAAGUCAUGCUCAGGUAAAAGACGCUCUCGCAAACCUCUCCAGCUGGUGGUUGGCACUCUGACACCAAGCUCUGUCUUCCUGUCCUGGGGUUUCCUCAUUAACCCACACCAUGACUGGACAUUGCCGAGUAACUGUCCCAAUGACAGGUUUUAUACAAUUCGCUAUAGAGAAAAGGAUAAGGAAAAGAAAUGGAUUUUUCAACUCUGUCCAGCCACUGAAACAAUUGUAGAAAAUCUGAAGCCUGACACAGUUUAUGAAUUCGGAGUGAAAGACAAUGUAGAGGGUGGAAUUUGGAGUAAAAUUUUCAAUCACAAGACUAUUAUUGGAAGUAUAAACAAAGUAAAUGGAAAAAUUCAAAGUACCUAUGAUCAAGUAAACACAGUGCCAGCAUAUGUCCCAAGGAAGCUGAUCCCAAUAACAAUCAUCAAGCAAGUGAUUCAGAAUGUCACUCACAGGGCUUCCACAAAAUCCCCAGAUAAGUCUCCCAUUGGAGGAACAAUACUGGUCCACCUUGUUAUUCCUGGCCUUAAUGACACAACUGUAAAACUUCCUACAUCCAUAAUGUUUGAGAUUUCAGAUGCAAUCAAGACACAAUUAGCUAAGAAUGAAACCUUGGCAUUACCAGCUGAAUCUAAAACACCAAAGGUAGAAAAAAUCCCAGCACAACCCAUAACAGUGUCUCCUGAAUCAAUUCCAAGAACCACUAAACCCACUGUACCUAGUGCCUUAGACAUUUCAGAAACAACACUGGUUCUCAGCGAAAAGACCCCGGAAAGAUUCCAAAGUAUUCUAAUACCUAGGUUUGAAUUACCACUGAGCACUCUAGCUCCGAAAAGACUUCCAGAAUUUCCUCAGGCAAAAACACCCUUCCUUUUUGAGAAACCUGGGGGAAGCUGGGCUUCAAGUGAAAAGCCAUGGACUGUACCUAUAACUAAAACAUCUGAAGAUUCCAAAGUUCUACCGCCUCAAACUGCGGCUUAUGAUGUUUACUCAAGCCCUACAACAUCAGAUGAGCCUGAAAUAUCAGAGUCCCACACAGCAACAAGUGAUCCAUUUCUGGAUUCUGUCCCACCUAAAACUUCUAGAACUCUUGAACAGCCAAGGGCAACACUGGCUCCAAGUGAAAUACCAUUUGGUCCUCAAAAAGUGGAAAGCAUUCCCCAUCCUGAAAUGCAACCUACAACACCUGCUCCCCUGCAAACUACAUCCAUCCCUUCUACACCUAAACAACGCCUCAGGCCCAAACCACCAAGAAUCAAACCUGAAAGAACCAAAAGGCCUGGAACAAACACAUCUAAAAUUUCUAAAAGCCCUGAACCAACAUGGACAACACUGGCUCCCAGUAAAACACAAUUUAUUUCUUUGAAACCUAAAACCCCUCUCAGCCCAGAAGUGACACAUAUCAAACCUGCCCCGGAACCUCAGACUCCAACACCAUCACAGUCAACAAUAGUCUCAGAACCUGGAACACGGGGAACCAAACCUGCAACAACAGCAUUAGCUCCACGAAAGACUAAACGACCAGGUCGUCGACCCCGCCCUAAAACGACUCCUAGUCCAGAUGUGCCCAAGUCCAAACCUGCUCUGGAACCUGCUACAGUACAACCGGAACUCUUGGUGCCCACGAUUGCAUCAAAGCCAUCCAAAAUACCUAAAACCACACAUGGACCAGAUGUACCUCAAAUCCAGCCUGAUUCAAAACCACCAAAGCAAUUACUUCCUAAACCCCAAACCACAGCAAAACCAGAUGUGCCUUCAAUUAAAGCUGCCUUUAAGCCUGUUAUAGUUGAGACUGACUCUCCCGCCAUAAGCAUAGUUCCUGCCACAGACAUUGAACCUGUAACUCUGAGAACUGAGGCUCCCUGGACAACAAUAGCUCCAAAAACAUCACGACGACCAAGAACACGUCGUCCACGUCCCCCAGUUCCAAAACCCUCCAAACGUAAAACCACGCCAAGCCCAGAGGCACCGCAGACGGUAGUAGACAUUGAACCUGUUACUCCUGGGACAUCUUUAGCUCCAACAACAACAAAGAGACCCCGUCGUCCACGUCUCAAACCUAAAACCACACCCCGUCCAGAAGUACCUCAGGCUACACUGGCUCCUGCCACAAUCUUUGAACCAGUUGUCCUUACAACCGAGGCUCCAGGGAUGACACUAGCUCCUGCUACAGUCCUUGAACCUGUUACACCUAUAAAAGAGGCUCCAGUGACAGCAUUUGUUCCUGUUACAGAUCUUGAACCUGUUACUUUUACAACUGAGACCUCUGGGACAACAUUAGCUACCAAGCCACCAAAAAGGCCCCAUCGUCCACGCCCCAGACCUAAAACCACACCGAGCCCUCAAGUACCUCAGACCAAACCCGUUCCUGCUACUGUCCUUGAACCUGUCACUCUUAGACCGCAGGCACCAGGAACAACAUUAGCUUCCAAACCGUCACAACGCACAGGUCGCCCAUGUCCCAGACCAAAAACCACACCACCUCCUGAAAUACCUGAGUCCAAACCAGUUUCUACUGCAGACUUUGAACCCGUUACAUUCAGGACUGAGCCUUGGGUAACAACACAAGCUCCUAAACCAUCAAAACGGACCCGUCGUCCACGUCCCAAACCUAAAACCACAACAACUACUGAGGCACCUCAAACCAAACUGGUUCCUAUUACAGAUCUUGAGCCUGGUACUCCUAGAACUGAAGUUCCAGAAAUCAUAGUUCUACCUACAGUCCUUGAACCUGUCGCUCUUAGAACCAAGGCUCCAGAAACAACAUUAGUUCCUUCUACAGGCUUUGAACUUGUUAUUCAUAGUUCUGAGGCCCCAGAAACAUUAGCCUCGGCGGAAACAGAUUAUGUGUAUCCCACUGCCAAAGCACCACUCAGGCCAGAGGAGCCAAACACCGAAGUUGUGGAAUCUAUUACAAAUGUGUCUGAACCACCUGAGACCACAUUAGUUACCAUAGAAGCAUCAAUUCUACCUUCCCAAACUAUGAUCCUACCCAGCCCAAAUGAGCCUCACACUGCACCGGCUCCCAAGCAAAUACCGCUCAUUCCUCCCAAGCCAAAAACAUCUCCACAUCCGAGAGUCCCACAGACACAGCAAGCGACUAAGGUGCUCCAGCGUGUUACUUCAAAGCCAAAAAUGUCACCAAAGCCAGAAGUGUCAUAUACUCCACCUGUUCCAGAGGUGCUCCUUCCCCGUAAACCAGACCACCAAGUCUCUCAGAGCGAACCUGUUCUGCAGCCUGUUACCUUUAGAAUUGAUCUACCAGAGGCAACAAUAGCUCCUUUAGAGACCCGAGGCAGCCCUUUCAUUCCUAUGAUUUCACCAAGUCCUAGUCAAGAGGAGCUACAAAGCACUCUGGAAAUAGACCAAUCCACCCAAGAACACUUCACAGCUAAGAUUCCACAAACAACUGAAUUGGCAAAGACAACUCAGGCACCACACAGAUUGCACACUGCUCCUGUGAGGCCCAGAGUACCAGACAGACCACACUCCAGACCUGUUCUGAAUAAGACAACUACAAGACCUGGUAGACCCAGACCCAGUGGGAUGCCCAAAGGGAAUGGAAUGGGAACAGGGGUCAAGGAAAUGCCAUUGAGUGCUGAUAGAAAUAUGUCCAUGAACUUUACCCACUUCACAAAGAAACCAGCCACUAUUCCAGGGACCCGCCGCCCACCCUGGCCACUUAGGCCUACACCCCCACGGAGAAAACCUUUACCACCAAACAACGUCACCGGGAAGCCAGGAAGCGCAGGAAUCAUUUCAUCAGGCUUCAGAACAUCCCCGCCCUCGAAGACAGCUCUCAGGCCUACCGGGGCCCCCUCAGACAGGACAGAGAUAGAUAAAAAGCAACCAACAGCUCCGGCCUCAGGAGAAGAUCUUGGUGAUCUAAGUGACUUUAGCUCAAGUCCAACAAGAGAAACUGAUCAUCUUGGGAAGCCCAGAUUUAAAGGUCCUCAUGUGCGAUACAUCCCAAAGCCUGACAACAGGCCCUGCUCCAUCACCGACUCCAUCAAACGGUUCCCCAAAGAGGAGGCCACGGAGGGGAAUGCCACCAGCCCACCUCAGAACCCUCCUUCCAACCUCACGGUGGUCACCGUGGAAGGGUGCCCCUCCUUUGUCAUCUUGGACUGGGACAAGCCACCCAAUGACACUGUCACUGAAUACGAAGUUAUAUCCAGAGAGAAUGGGUCAUUCAGUGGGAAGAACAAGUCCAUUCAAGUUACCAACCAAACCUUCUCCACAGUAGAAAAUCUAAAACCAGACACAAGCUAUGAAUUCCAGGUGAAACCUAAAAACCCACUUGGAGAAGGGCCAGCCAGCAACACAGUGGCAUUCAGUACUGAAUCAGCGGAUCCAAGAGUGAGUGAGCCGGUUUCUGGAGGAAGAGAUGCCAUCUGGACAGAAAGGCCCUUUAAUUCAGACUCUUACUCAGAAUGUAAGGGCAAACAGUAUGUCAAAAGGACGUGGUAUAAAAAGUUUGUAGGGGUGCAGUUGUGCAACUCUCUCAGAUACAAGAUUUAUCUGAGCGACUCCCUCACAGGAAAAUUUUAUAACAUAGGUGAUCAGAGAGGUCAUGGAGAAGACCACUGCCAGUUUGUGGACUCAUUUUUAGACGGCCGUACAGGACAGCAACUAUCUUCUGACCAGUUACCCAGGAAAGAAGGCUAUUUCAGAGCAGUUCGCCAGGAACCUGUCCAAUUUGGAGAAAUCGGCGGUCACACCCAAAUCAAUUACGUCCAGUGGUAUGAAUGUGGGACCACAAUUCCUGGGAAAUGGUAGAUGCUGCGAUCAUGGUCACAAGUGCCUUCUGUGUCAUCAUGGCAAACUACGAUCGCAAACACUACAGUAUUUGUCACAUUCAUUUAAAGCUGUUCUGUUUACUAUGUAUAAAAGUUUAAAAUCUAAUUGAUAGCAAUAUUAGAUGUUUAUUAGGAAGAUUGCUGAGAAUAUUUAUCAAGUUUUACAAAGUCAUUUUUAGAAAGCAAGAUAUUAACAUUUUUUGGGGAAGCUGGCUCCCUAUUCAUGAUAUUUUAAGAGAUCAUUUGUAUAUUAUUUAUCACACUGUUGUAAUGUUUUGAAAUACUUUUAUAACAAAAUUAACAUCAAAAACUAAUAUACAUUUUUUAAAGAUAUUUACUUUUACUAAUGUGUAUUCUUCCUAUUGGUGAACUAAUUCCAUAAAUCUCUACUUGGUUUAACUUAUUAGAUCAAAUUAUCUUCAGUAUAUAUCUAAGGGAAAAAAGGACCCAAUAUUCACACGUUUUUUUAAACUUCAAUUUUUUAGCAACAUUUGAAUAACCUUUCUGAAGCAUUUAAAUAAACAUCGAUGUGAAUAUACAAUUCCUUAAAUAUUUGCAAAUUAUUAAAAAGGAUGUAGUUGAAUUAGUAAAUUUCAUUUCAGCUAAAAAUAGGAAGGAAUCAAUUUUUCCUAAUCUACUCAUAAUUAUUACAGUGUCUGACUAUACUCUGUCAAACUAAGCCUUCAAGCAACUGUCUUCAUAUUGUUUUUAAUAUAAUUCUAAACAAGCUGUAAGCUGAAACUGAAUGUGUCAAAAAGAACACAUAAUGAGACUGCUACCAUUUUAUGGGCUAUUUACUACAUUUUGGACACAUAAGACUUCUAGGAAUGACUGUAUCAAAGGAUGUUUUCAUAUUCCAAUUCCACCUGUACAGAAAAUCAUUCACCUUUAUUCAGAAAGGUAUUUCUUCAUCUGGGGAGGGAGGUGGGGAUGCUGCAUUGCUGCCAUCGUUCUGAGAGGACCCUGCACUUACUCCUUUCAAAAUGCUUCAAUUUUACCAAUGCUACAUUUUGUUAAGUUUCAAACAAGUAGAAACCUGCAAUAAAGAAAUGUAGUUGUUUUU